AUGCAGAUCGCAAUCAGCAACAUAUUCUACCGACGACACAGCUCACCCGUGAUAGCAACAUUAUCUAAAUUAGCGAAAGCUCACCGUGACAGCAACGCCCAGGCGAUAGAAGACUUCUACAACAUUCUAGUCCAAGUCGGCGACCUCUCCAUCGAGAUGGAUGAGAUAUCCACAAAGCGCGAUUCCGCCGAGGACCCGGCGCUCAUCAUAGGCAAAGCGCUCCAUAUAGAUGCCGACCUAGUAUCAUGGGCACUAUCCAUAAACCCUGCCUGGCGGUACAAAACCGUCACCACACCCAGUGCCAAUACCCGUGACCAUACAUACUCCGUCUACCACGGCUCCAGAUACCACGUAUACCCCAAAGUCGGCUGCGCUACAAUGUGGAACAAUUACCACCAAGCGCGCAUCGUCGUGCACGGGAUCGUCCGGUCGAGUUGCACGCGUCUGCUGGCGCUGGAUAGCGCGCACGAGUGCCAGACGACAAUGCUCCAGUCUGCCGUGAUCAGCAAGCAAAUGGUGGACGACAUCUGUGCGAGCGUGCCGUACUAUUUUGCUGCGGGCGAGGUAGGUGUUGGCGGCUUGAUCCGGCUCUCGUGGCCGUUGUUUAUUGCGGCGGAUUGUUCGGCCGCGACGCCAGCCAUGAAAUGGUGGAUUUUGCAGACACUUGAUUUGAUUGGGAAUACUACUGGUGCUCAGCAGGCGCUUACAAUGUCGCAGCUUGUGAAGGAGGGGCACUCGAUAAGAUUUAUUCCUGGUAACGUAGAUAGAUAG